AAACGCUACUACAGAAGCUUUGACAAACUUGGAACAACUAUUCGGUACAUGCCAAAUUUCUUGGUUUACCUUGUUUUAUGCUCUCAAUGAUACUCAGCAAGAUCUUCUUAAAAGAGCAAUUAAUUCGGUUGACCAUAAUCUGUUAAAUUUUGUUGGUGAGACCACAGAUGAUAAUAGCACCAGUCAUAAAAUCGUCCAUAUCUGCACGAACAUACUAGAUAGAAAGGAAGGAAAUGAAAGUGUGGAAGAUGUGGAAAUAAUGGAAGUAGAAGUUAAUGCUGGAAAGUCCUCUACGUCAACAUCUUCCGCAGUAACUAGGCCAGAUAAAGAGAAAAGUGUUAUAGAGAAGGGAAAACCUUUCUACUCAAUGUCAACUCUAGAGUUUGCGUCCGAUUAUGUUUCUGAAGAGAUAAUGGAUAAACUUCUAAAUAAUUAUAAAGUCCAAAAAUUAUUGAAUGGAGGAUCGUUUAAGACUCGCCCUUUAUUCGAAACAACUGUCUCUUGCUUCGGGGUGAAUAAUUCAAAACUAUCAAUACCCACUUGGGGCAAAUGGCUGUUUAGUGACAUUAGUGAAAUUAUGACUAUUUCUGAGAGUCACCCUAUCGUAAAGAAUGGGUUGGAAAAAUAUAUUAAUAAGAAUGAUAAUUCGGAUAUCAAAUUUUAUUUUGUUUUACUGAAGGAAAUAUAUGACUCUUACCAAGAGCAGGUUCUUUACAGCACAAAGAGAACUGUUAUCAAGAAUAGGCCACCUUGGAUUAAUCGUCUUAAGCAAUAUACUUUGGAAAUUGACCUGAAAUUGUAG